UCGUCUAGCUGAGAAGCUCUAUGGUUCUAACGGGGUCAGCGGUUCACAAGCGUAGAAAACCUCAUACACGCCUGGAAUAAUUUACAGUUGAACAAUAAUGAAAUAUGAAACCCGUGUUUGACUAACAGCACACUGUCCGUCAAAGAUUUCAACGGGAACCUAACAUUUUGUAGACGUAUGCACCCGAGGUUGAAUUUAUGAGGGAGGCAGUGGAGGAUUCUCCCGAAGAUGAGGCGGCUGUCCCGGAAGAAAGCUCUCAACCUGGUGAAGGAACUAGACGCUUUCCCAAAGGUUCCCGAAAGCUACGUAGAAACUACAGCGAGUGGAGGAACUGUGUCUCUCAUCGCCUUCACUGCGAUGGCACUCCUGGCCUUUUUUGAGUUCUUUGUGUACCAAGACACCUGGAUGAGGUACCAGUAUGAGGUAGACAAGGACUUUUCCAGUAAAUUAAGAAUUAAUAUAGAUAUAACAGUUGCUAUGAGAUGUCAGCACAUCGGUGCGGAUGUGCUGGAUCUGGCUGAGACCAUGGUAGCAUCAGAUGGCCUGGAGUAUGAACCGGUCAUUUUUGAGCUCUCUCCCCAGCAAAGACUAUGGCACAGGACCCUCCUCCUGAUCCAGGACAGGCUGCGAGAGGAGCACUCUCUGCAGGACGUCCUGUUCAAGAGCAUUCUGAAGGGGUCCCCAACAGCCUUGCCCCCACGGGAGGACACACCCACCCAGCCUCUCUCUGCCUGUCGGAUACACGGGCACCUCUACGUCAACAAAGUAGCUGGAAAUUUCCACAUCACAGUGGGCAAAGCUAUCCCUCAUCCUCGAGGCCACGCCCACCUCGCUGCUCUCGUCAGCCACGAAACGUACAACUUCUCCCAUCGGAUAGACCAUCUGUCUUUCGGAGAGGAAGUCCCGGGAAUCCUAAACCCGCUGGACGGCACGGAGAAAAUCUGCGCCGACCAUAAUCAGAUGUUCCAGUAUUUCAUCACUGUGGUGCCCACAAAACUGCACACCUACAAGAUCUCAGCCGACACGCACCAGUACUCUGUCACAGAGCGGGUAGGUCCCCACACACCAGUACUCUGUCACAGAGCGGGUAGGUCCCCACACACCAGUACUCUGUCACAGAGCGGGUAGGUCCCCACACACCAGUACUCUGUCACAGAGCGGGUGGGUCCCCACACACCAGUA